CUGUAAAGUGUCUUUGGGUGUCCUGAAAGGCGCUUAUAAAUAAAAUGUAUUAUUAUAAUUUUUAUUAUUAUUAUUAUAUAUAUCCAUCCAUUAUAUACAUGCCUGACGGGCACGUCAGUUUCCAGGAAUCAGUGAAGCUGAACUGGCUGCAUAUUUCUGCCUGAGUAGGCUGCCAAACUACAUGCCAACACUCCACAGCUUCCUGAUCAGUGCUCCCUAGGUUUCGAUCAGUCAAACUGAUACCGACCGAUUGAGUGAAAGGAGCGGUGUCUGCCACAACUCAACAUUGUCUUUUUUUCUUCCUUAACUUUGCUCUAAAACACAGUUUGACAGACGACCUGUGAAGUACGCAGAAGUGACGCAGACAAGACAUAAAAGGAAUUCAAAGAGUGACAGACGGCUUGAAGGAGGGAGAGCCGCGGAGGGAAGCAGGUUUCAGUGAGGAGUGUGUGACACCAGCCUUUGCAGAAAUCCAUCCCCCUGACACACCCCGUACUGGGAAUCUGUUAGCACAUCACAACAGUUGCAAGGUGUAGUAAAACCAGUUGUUUGAUUUCCGUUUCUGCCUGUACAGUCCUCUAUUGUGACUCUUUAUUUUCUUUUUAGCAUUGCUGAUCUACACUGAAGAGUGAAGAGUUGACCAAAGGUGUGUCAUGGCUGACCAAAAGAAUGGAGUGGAGAACCUGACAUCCAACAUAAAGCAAUGCCAUAGCGAGGAAACUGUAGAGUCUGCGGAUGACAGUGGUAAUGCCCGCGAUGAACAAGAAACAAACACACCUGGAAGACCAUGCAAGCCUUAUCCAUUUUGUAGGUACCAUGAUACAAACAGAUACAUGGAGAACAAUAUUUUUGAUAUUAUAGAAUCAGGUGCCUCAGACUUGAUUGAACCCUGCCAUGAGUAUAAAGGCUUUAACAAUACACCAGAUGAAUUUAAAAUGAUCAAAUUCACUGAUGAGGUUAUUCGCUUCGGAGCUGCCUGCAUGAAUAGCCGCACCAAUGGCACGAUACAUUUUGCAAUAGGGGAUGAGCCAAACUUCACUCACGGUCAAGUGUUGGGAGUCGUUGUUAAGGACAAAGAGGCUUAUGAAAAGGCAUUACGACCUGCCAUUGAUGAUUGUUUUGAGUACAAACACAAAGCAGCAGCUCAAAGAUGCAUCAGACCUGUUCGAUUUGUUGGGGUUCUCAAUAAGAAUCAGACAUCGUCUGACAAAUGUGUGAUAGAAGUGGACAUAGUUCCUGACUCUACAAUCUGUGAAGAAAAGAUCUACCACACGUUCAACAACACAAAAAAAGUGAAGAAAAAAGCAAAAGACAAGAAAACAGUCAAAACUGAAACAAAUCAAUCAAAACAGUUCUAUGUCCGAGAUGGUGGUAGCAGCAGCGAUCUCCUAGCACCAACCACGUCUGCCAAACCUAUGGAGGAGUACAACAAGUUUGUUGACAACAUGCAACAACGAUCACAGCUCCGAAAACAAGCUGAAGAGACAUAUCUAGCUGUUACUAAAGAGAAUUAUCAAGGCAGUACAUUAAUUGAGAUGAUAACUGGUGGUUCGCUCUCUUUAGAUAAGUCACACUUUGAGCGUUAUGUGAUAGUAACUAACAAAGCACAUUCAAGCCAGUUUGAAUCACUAGGGUUUCUUGUAGAACUCAAUCCAACAGCAGUUUUGGACUUUGAUCCAGAAACAGCUAAAGAUGGAUUAGAGUGUCACUUCAAACAGCAGAGUCCAGUAAGUGUCCAUUUACCAGCACAGUAUAAAAUCACAGGACCAAUUGAGGACAUCGCAAACAAUUUGAAAUUAACUCGAAACACCAGCUGGGUAUGCUGCAAUGGCGGUAUUGAGAAUGAGGCACCCUCAGACAUAGACCAGUGGUUGAUGGACAAGGGAACCUCGGUUCGAAAUGUGAUUUCUUUCUUGUGUCGGAAAGAUGUGCUUCCAAACAAGAGAUUCCUCGUCAUUUUCUUACUUUGCUCAACGGUGAGUGAGAAGAUCGACCCACUUGUUGAGACCUUCAGUACAUUUUGUCAGGAGCUCGGAGGCACAGACCAGAUCUUUUGUAUAUGUGAUAACAAAAAUGCAUUUACCUCCUGGAAAGACCUAAUCGAGGCUAGGUGCGGAAUCGACAUCUCUGAUAGAUGUAUAUUUGAGCUCAGUUUUGCUGAAGUCAAUGGCACUAUCCUUAGUCUUUCGUCAAAAAACCGAAGAUCCAUCCGUUUCCUACCCUGUGGUCAGGGAAGUAGAGUGCUUCUUGAAAAGAAAGUGGAGCGUAGCCUGAACACCUUAGAGGUUCUGUGUGUGAACCAAUGUGAAGGUGGAAACGAGGACAAAACUGUCAAAGAGCAGAACUUCUACAGAGGAGGCAAAGUGUCAUGGUGGAAUUUCUAUUUCUCAGAGCAGGCUGAACGAAUUCUUAUCAAACGAAACAAAAUUGACUUCAUAGAAAAUAAAGUUAAACAAAUUUUGUGCUCACAGACAAACGCCUGCGUGUUGUUAAACCUCCUCCAUGUACCUGGUUGUGGUGGAACAACUUUGGCCAUGCAUACUUUAUGGGCUCACAGGGACAGAUUCCGUUGUGCCAUCCUUAAAGACAACAACGCAGACUUGGCUGAAGUAGCAGAUCAAGUGGUCAAACUUUUAACGUAUGUCUAUAAGGAGCAAUUACCACGGGUCCCUGUUAUGCUGAUGAUAGAUGACUUUGAUGAUAUGGAAAAAGUAUUUGCCUUGCAGCAGCUCAUUGAAAACAAAUGUAAGAAGAAAAACAUUCAGUCUAAGUCUCCACAGGUGUUCCUCCUGAACUGCAUGAGGUCAGAGUCUCCUGAGCUGACUGGAACAACUAAAGAUACUGUACAAAUAAUCCUUAAAAAUGAGCUCUCUGAUGAGGAGCAGAAAAAGUUUUCACUAAAAGUAACAUUCUAUGCAUUCAUGCUCACGAAGAAGAACUUAAAGCCAGAGUAUAUUGAGAAUGUUGUCCACAACACUCUGAGGAGCUUCAAUAUCAACCAAAAGCAUUCCCAACUCCUGGCUGUUUUAACUCUUUUGAAUGCGUACUGUGAGGAUGCCUCUCUCCCUGUGUCUCUGUGCCAGGAAUUUCUCAGUUUGCACCCUAAACCCAUUUUAGGAACUGGAAGCGUACAAGAAAGAUUUGAGGAGUUUUCUAAUUUAAUUUGUUGUACUACAGUUAAGGGUGAGGUAGGAAAAAGAGCUGUAAAGAUGAUCCAUCCAAAUUUCGCGAAGCGCUGUCUACAGGAACUUGAAACAACUCACAAAAUUACAAAGGCCGACAUUACCAACCUACUACUGACGACAGAGGAGUUUUAUGAGAACACGGAUGGCAGAGGAAAACUCUGGCAAGAUGUUUACUACAUUUUAAUGGGUAGACAUUUAGUGAAAGAAGCCUCUCCAAUCCAUUUAUGCAUCCAGCCAUUAAUUGAGGUUUUCAAGUUUCAAUAUCUGAAAUCUGCCCUAGCAAAGUUAAAACCAACAAAAACUUCUCGUCUAAUUCAAGAUAUUCAAAGUGAAACUCCAGGGUUGGUAGAGAUGGUACUUCUGAAUGCAUUAGAAAGGUUUCCGAAUGAUGCCAACAUUGCUCAGUUACUAGAUUCAUACUUGAGCCAAAGUAGGAGGAUUUCAACAUAAAACAAGUAACAUAUGUGGAAAAAUGCAGAGAUACUUAAUAACUUUGUCCAGUAUAGAGAUGACAAACCAAGACCUGAAACGCAGUGAAAAUCACUUUGAUUAAAUUUGUAUAAUUCUCUUAAGUGUUGGGCCACUGGGUGACAAUAGUGUGGUUUGGGUAGCCAUGUUUGUUAUUGACCCAUUAAUCCCCUGUUAGGUUAAAAUGACUCUUUCCAAAUAGGGGGCUUGUCAUUUAAAUGUUUUAUGUGGCUGCAAACGUGGGUAGAGCAGUUGUCUCGGGAGCACAUCCCUGGCUACAGAGGGUCGCUGGUUUUCCAGUUACUUUUCUGUUCCAGUGGUUUUCAGUGCAUAAGUACCCCCCACAAGUAGUGGCACGAAGACUAGGGUUGAGUUGAGAUAGUUAGUCUUGUGUCAGAUAGAUAGGGCUGGGGAGGGUCUCUGUUUUUUGUGAUGGCUGUCCCCUAUCUUAUACUUAAAGAGAUAAAUAAUAUAGUACAAUACACUCCUGAUCAAAAUCUUAAGACCAGUUAAAAAAUUGCAAGAAUUUACAUUUUGCAUUGUUGGAUCUUAAGAAGGUUCUAAGUAGAGCUUCAAAAUGCAAAAAGAAUAAAUGGGAACAAGAGAAAAAAGCUUGCAAUUUAUUGGAAACAACAAUUUAACUGAAAUAAGCUGUUCAUCAACUGAUCGAAAGUUUAAGACCACAGCCUUUAAAAGCCAAAAUCUGUGCAAGAAUCUGGAUUCCAUGUCAUUGAACGUGGUAGGAUUGUUGAGCUGCAUAAACAAGGCCUCUCACAACGUGCCAUUGCGGCUGAGGUUGGACGCAGUAAGACAGUCAUUUUGCAUUUCUUAAAAGAUCCUGAGGGUUAUGGAACAAAAAAAUCAAGUGGUAGACCCAAAAAAAUCUCACCGGCACUGAGCCGGAGGAUCCGAAUGGCUGUCCGUCAAGACACGGGACAAUCUUCAUCCCAAAUUAAGGCCAUUACUGGUGCUGACUGCAGCCCAAUAACCAUCAGACGGUAUCUGCGAAGGAAGGGCUAAAAAAACAAAAAACGUCUUCAAAGGCCACGUCUCCUUCAACGCGAACGCCGUUUGGACUUUGCAAGGGAGCACCAAACAUGGGACAUUCAAAGGUGGAAGAAAGUUUUUUCUCUGAUGAGAAAAAAUUUAACCUUGAUGGCCCUGAUGGCUUCCAACGUUACUGGCAUGACAAGGAGAUGCCACCUGAGAUGUUUUCUACACGGCACCGUGGAGGGGUCGCCAUCAUGAUCUGGGGUGCUUUAACCCUCAAUGGAACAAUGGAGCUCCAGCUUGUGCAGGGGCGUCAAACAGCAGCUGGCUAUGUGGAGAAGUUACAGCGGGCAUCCCUCAUGACUGAGGGCCCUCGUCUGUGUGGUAAUGACUGGGUUUUUCAGCAGGACAACACUACAAUUCACAAUGCCCGUCUGACCAAGAAUUUUUUCCAGGAGAAUAACAUCACUCUUUUGGACCAUCUUGCGUGUUCCCCUGAUAUUAAUCCAAUUGAGAACAUUUGGGGAUGGAUGGCAAGGGAAGUUUACAAAAAUGGACAUCAGUUCCAGACAGUGGAUGCCCUUCGUGAAGCCAUCUUCCCCACUUGGAGCAACAUUCCCACCAGCCUUUUGGAAACACUCGCAUCAAGCAUGCCAAAACGAAUUUUUGAAGUGAUCAACAAUAAUGGUGGAGAUACUCAUUACUGAGUCCUGAGGUUUUCAGGGUUAUUUUUUGAGCUAUGGUCUUAAACUUUUUAAUCAGCUGAUGAACAGCCUAUUUCAGUUAAAUUGUUGUUUUCAAUAAAUUGCCUUCAAUAAAGGCAAUUUAUUCAAUAAACUUUUGGUCUCUUGUUCCCAUUUCUUCUUUUUGCAUUUUGAAGCUCUACUUAGAACCUCCUUAAGAUCCAACAGUGCAAAAUGUAAAUUCUUGCAAUUUUUUAACUGGUCUUAAGUUUUUGAUGAGGAACGUAUAUUGGUUCUUGUCAUUGGCAAUCUGUUUUUCUUUCUUUGUACUGAUCACUUUGCUGCUGUGAUGCUGGAAAUUUCCCCACUGUGAGACUAAUAAAGGAAUAUCUUAUCUUA